ACACUUUUUUAGUCGUCUUUAAUAAUAAUUUAUAAAGUUUAGCCUUGUAGAGUGUAUUCCAUAUACAUAUGGUGAAUGAACACUUCUGAAGACUUAAUACACAUGGAAUAAUCACAUAAACUUUAGCCUAGUGACCUCGUCGCUUGAAGUUGAAGGACUAUCUAUCGUGCAUUCUGUUUAGGUAUGUCGGUUUGGUCAGCCAGCACAGUUGGAAAUAAUUACCACUGUGCGAACUCAGCCGGUCGUUACAGUCAGUGUAAAUCUUGGUGUCCAAAACUGAGCAAGCAUAAGUGCCCGAUGUCUGGAGAAACACCAAUUCAGUCGGCAGAGGCGCUGCACACUCCGGCCUAUCUGUCAUGGAGGAAGCUGCAACUAAGUCGCGCCAAGCUGAAAGCUUCUAGUAAAACCUCGGCUCUACUUUCCGGAUUUGCUAUGGUGGCUAUGGUAGAAGUCCAAUUAAAUCCACCAAACUCAACAAAGGUACCCACGGAAAUGCUUGUAGCUUUCACGGUAUGCACAACUCUCUUGGUAGCAGUACACAUGUUGGCGCUCAUGAUCAGCACAUGCAUUCUGCCCAACAUCGAAGCAGUGGGCAACUUGCACAUCAUACCUCUCGUGCAUGAAUCUCCACAUGAGAGAUUGCACUGGUAUAUUGAAAUCGCAUGGGCGUUCUCCACACUCCUCGGACUCAUACUCUUUCUUAUAGAAAUAGCUAUACUCUGCUGGGUUAAGUUUUAUGAUUUGAGUGCGACGGCUGCUUGGUCCGCAUGUGUCGUACUCAUUCCCGUAAUGAUAGUAUUUCUAGCUUUCGCAAUACACUUCUACAUGUCACUAGCGACGCAUAAAUACGAAGUGACUGUGACAGGGAUCAAAGAAUUAGAAUUGCUCAAAGAACAAAUAGAGAUGGGUGAUCACGAGGCCCGUAUGAAUAAUGUGACGUUACUAGAUCAGAGUCGUAUUGUCUGA